AUGUCAAAUAUCAGGCUAGCUGGUAAAGUAGCUCUCAUCACUGGCGGUUCGCGAGGCAUUGGUCUUGCAAUCGCCAAAACCUUUGCUCAGCAUGGCUCUAGCUGUACUUUGAUAGGACGAAAGGAAGGAUCACUGCGUGAAGCAAUCAAGCAGUUAGCCUCGAGUGAGGCCCAAAAGCAUGACAUACUUGCUUUUGAUGUUGGUCAUGGACACGCAUGGGACUCUGUCGACAAGAGUGGCAACCAAGUUGACCUUCUUGUCAAUGCUGCCGGCAUCACACACUACAGUCUCCUGCCACGCACGCCACAGCAUGUCAUGGACGAGAUUGUGCAAGUCAACCUGCUUGGUACCAUCUAUGGCUGUAAAGCAAUCAGCCGCAAGAUGCUCUCCAACAAACAAGGUGGAUGCAUCAUCAACAUCUCUAGUGCACUUGCACAUCGAGGUGGUGCUGGCAGUAGUGUCUACGCAGCAACAAAAGCCGGUCUCUUGGGCUUCUCGCGAGCUUUGGCAGAAGAGCUGGGGCCACGCGGCAUUCGUUGCAAUGCAAUCGCUCCUGGCUACAUCGAGACAGACAUACUUGCUGAUUCCCUGAAAAGCCAGGCUGCUGGCAAGAGCAGUAUCGGUCGUAUUGGCACUGCAGCUGAAGUGGCCGAUGCUGCACUCUUUCUUGCUACAAAUCAGUUUGCUAAUGGUAUGACUCUCACGUUGGACGGAGGGCUCAGCUAUGCCUGA